UACUUUCAGUUGAGGAUAUUUUCUCACUUGCCUGUCGUCACCAACUAUGGCUCUAUCCACCUCUUCUCUUCUCUCCUCCAAGACCUUCAUUCACCACCACCGUCGCCACCACACCUCUCUCCUCCGCCCCUACACAUCUCUCAAACUCAAACCCAUCUCAGCCGUCCAGUCCACCAAAUCCGCGUCAUCCACAAAAUGGAAUCUGGACAGUUGGAAGACCAAGAAGGCUCUCCAGCUCCCAGAAUAUCCCGACAAAGACGAGCUUCAGUCUGUUCUUGAUUCUCUCUCAACAUUCCCUCCAAUCGUGUUUGCUGGCGAGGCCAGAAGCCUUGAAGAGAAACUGGGACAGGCUGCUCUUGGAAAUGCUUUCUUGCUUCAGGGUGGUGAUUGUGCUGAGAGUUUUAAAGAAUUCAAUGCCAAUAACAUUCGUGACACUUUUCGUGUUCUUCUUCAGAUGAGUAUUGUGCUAAUGUUUGGUGGUCAAAUGCCUGUUAUCAAGGUGGGAAGAAUGGCAGGUCAAUUUGCAAAACCGAGGUCAGAUCCAUUUGAAGAGAAGAAUGGAGUGAAGCUACCUAGUUAUAGAGGUGACAAUGUGAAUGGUGAUGAAUUUGAUACAAAAUCAAGAGUUCCAGACCCCCAUAGGAUGACUAGAGCUUAUUUGCAAUCUGUCGCAACUUUGAACCUCUUAAGGGCAUUCGCAACCGGAGGUUAUGCUGCAAUGCAGAGAGUCACUCAUUGGAAUCUCGAUUUCACAGAGCACAGUGAGCAGGGUGAUCGAUACCGUGAAUUGGCUCACCGAGUUGAUGAGGCCAUGGCAUUCAUGGCUGCUGCUGGACUCACAAGUGGCCACCCAACUAUGACCACAACAGAGUUUUGGACAUCUCACGAGUGCUUGCUCCUGCCUUACGAACAAGCUCUUACAAGAGAGGAUUCAACUUCUGGGCUUUACUAUGACUGCUCUGCUCACAUGAUUUGGGUUGGAGAACGUACCCGCCAACUUGAUGGUGCUCAUGUUGAAUUUUUGAGAGGAGUUGCUAAUCCCCUUGGUAUCAAGGUGAGCGAUAAGAUGGAUCCAGAUGAGCUAGUUAGGCUCAUAGAAAUCCUAAAUCCAAAGAACAAGCCAGGGAGGAUAACAGUGAUUGUAAGGAUGGGAGCUGAAAACAUGAGAGUUAAGCUUCCCCAUCUGAUAAGGUCUGUACGUAGAGCAGGUCAAAUUGUCACUUGGGUUAGCGACCCCAUGCAUGGAAACACCAUAAAAGCUCCAUCUGGACUCAAAACUCGUUCCUUUGAUGCAAUCAGGGCUGAGGUAAGGGCAUUCUUUGAUGUGCAUGAUCAAGAAGGAAGCUAUCCUGGAGGAGUUCAUUUAGAGAUGACAGGACAGAAUGUGACAGAGUGUGUGGGAGGCUCUCGAACUAUAACUUAUGACGACCUGCACUCACGUUACCACACCCACUGUGAUCCAAGGCUCAAUGCUUCUCAAUCUCUAGAGCUUGCCUUCAUUAUAUCCGAGCGGUUAAGGAAAAGAAGGCUUGGACCGCGGUAUUCUUUGGCCUCUGUUCGGGCCUAGAAGGCUUUGGUUAUAGCUAUAGUAGUAUGCGUGGUUUUAGAAUUUGGUUUCAAGGCGUAUUAUCUAUCUUUGUGGAGUAGCUGGUGUUAAUAUGACGGUGGAAGUGAUCCAGUGAGCACCAGCAAGUAGAGAGGAAGUAAGCGGACACCUGAAAUCUCAGUGCUAGUAUGGUAAAGAUGUUUAAGUUAAUGUAGAACAGUUGAUGGUAGAUAUCCAUCUAUAGAUGUUGGUAUCAGUAUUUGUGUGUUUGAAGGAGAUGCUAAUAUUGUAUUUUACUCUGGGGUAUAAAUAUAAUGUGUGUGCUUAAAUUAUUAGUA